AUGUUCCUCAGUGGGAAGCCCUCAGUGGGAGGCCAUGUUGAUAGGCAACCACGGCAAGAGAUCGAGCUCACGGGAGCUGCGUGGACAGGCCAAAGACCCUAUCAGCGCGUUGCAGAUGGUGAUGGAAGGAAAUCUGGAACCAUAGCGAAAGUGAGGCAAACAGCGUCAGCACGAAUGCUGAGUGAGAAGAAGCCGGCCCCUCCAGACUACAGCUAUGGAACACAAAAAAGAGGAAACACAGAAGAGGAGAAGGGGGUUUCUAUUGUCUCACCUGCAUGUGUCAAGGGAGAGAAGAGUGUGUGA